AUGGCGUCUUAUGCUGAAGUUACUAAAAGAGAUGCUUCUGAAAAUUUAGAAGCCGAUAUUAUAAUUAAAAAAAAUGACUCAAGUAGAUACCACCAAGAACAAACCACCGAAGAUAAUUACUCGGAAAAUCGGGAUGCAACUAUAUACGAUAAAGACUUUCUGGCGGGUUCAAGGGAAGUCGAUGAACUUAAAAAAAGGUUUCCCGAAGAUGGGAAUUCGCGUAAAAGAUCAACAAGAGGUGGUAACAAAGUUUCUAAAAUGUCAAAACCCGUUGUAUUUCUUGCCGUAGCUGUUGAUAUCGCUUUGGCUGGUGUCUUGGUUGGUUGGGUAUAUAAAAAACCUACUAUUGAUAGAAUUAAAUUCGGCUUUAGUACAAUUGGUUUAUCUUUAUUUUAUGGAUGUCAAUGGUGA